AAAUACAAGGAUUACAUGUUGAUGUUCCAAGUCACACUGAUAAGAAAUGGAGAUUGUGUUGUCAAAAUGGAGGAAAAGAAGAGAGAGACAAGUCCACCAACGGACUUAAAGAUCUGUACCAUUUCUGACCAGCGAACCGAUAAAUCUAGUCAAUAUUUACUUGAUAGAAGCCAUCUUUUUACAGACAUUAAUAGUGCCCAUUUAUCAAAUAUGCCAAAACAUCCCUUCCAGUGUAAUGUUAAUGACAGUCAAAUUAUCCCAGAGAAGCAGAGAAAAUGGCCGACGGAAGAUUCAGCAAAGACUGAAUCAGCAUCAGGAUCAAGUAAAGAGUUGGAAACAUUAAAUUCAUUCAAACAUCGUGCAAUAUUUCACAAUCCUACAGAAACUAUCAGUUCAUGUCAAUGUGUUGAUGAGGACGAUGAUGAUAACAAUAAACAUAAUAGACACCGUGAAUCUUGUGUGACCUCAGAACAUACUCGACCAAAGGACAACAUGUUUUAUUUGAGAGAAGAGGACAAUACUGAACCUGUGUGGUUGAAUUUUGACACAGAACUUAAACCAAUUUCACACUUAUUACUAAGUCCUCGGAACAGCAAUGGCAGUAUAUGUAGCAAUCGAUCAAGUAAUGCUGACUCAGCUGUUGAUUUACUUACUCCAGACGAAGAACCUCAGUCUGAUUAUCAGGAUACAAACUCGUCACAAUGUGUGGACUGGUUUAAAGACAAUUAUAGAAAGCCGCAUCAGCAGUUAUCAACAGAAAGUGGCGUAGACUUUCAGACAUUUUGCAAAAAUGUGGAUGUUCCAGCUGUUGUUGUGAGUGACCAUAGUGGACCAUGUGCAAAAGAUCAAGUGCAUUGUAACAUUAAGGAUCUUAUUAGUGAACAAACAAAUGAAGGUCAUUUACACUUAGAUAGACAACUUUCUGUAGACUCAGACGAUUCCAGGCCAUAUUCCAAUUCCAGUAUAAUUUCUGGAAGUAGGUCAAAUUCUAGUACUUCAUUAACAGAUCUGACAGAUUUUGAUGAGCCAACAGAAGAAAUUCAAGAACUUAAACCAGCUAGAAAACAAAGUUCAGUUUAUUGGAAGAAGAUGAAAAACAUCGUCAUUUGGUCUCCAUUUAUACAACAGUUUAAGAAACAUCGAUAUCCAUGGAUACAAUUAGCUGGUCACCAAGGAAAUUUCCAAGCAGGAGAGAAAGGAUCUGUGUUGAAAAAGUAUGACUCCAGAGAACAGAAAGCAUUUAUAAAGUUAAAUGAUGACAUUUUAAGAUCCUACGUUCCUGAAUACAGAGGAGUUGUAGCAAAAAAUGCUGACCAAUACUUGGAGUUACAAGAUUUGUUAUGUGACUUUGAUGCUCCCUUUGUUAUGGAUAUUAAGAUGGGAACCAGAACGUAUUUAGAGGAAGAACUUGUAAAAGCCAAAGAAAAACCAAAACCCAGAAAGGAUAUGUACCAAAAGAUGGUAGAAGUAGAUCCCACUGCUCCAACACCGGAGGAAAAUAAACAGAAGUCAAUAAUAAAACCAAGAUAUAUGCAAUGGAGAGAUGAAAUGAGCUCAUCUGUAGAUCUAGGAUUUAGAAUUGAAGGAAUCAAGAGAAUGGAUGGUGCAUCCAGUAAAAAUUUUAAGAAAACAAAAACACGGAACGAAGUGAAAGAUGCAUUAUCUUUGUUCAUUGGUGACAAUCAGAUUGUUUUGGGAACAUACAUCAGGAGAUUAAAAGCUAUUUUGGCAACACAAGAAACAUCAAAGUUUUUCAAGACCCAUGAGCUGAUUGGAAGUUCCCUGUUGUUUGUACAUGAUAAAACUAACAAUGCAAAUGUUUGGAUGAUAGACUUUGGCAAGACAGAACCCCUACCCUCAGAUAUAACCACAAACCAUAGAACCCCAUGGGUAGAUGGCAAUCAUGAAGAUGGAUAUUUAUUUGGACUUGACAAUUUGUUGUUAAUUUUACAGGAGCUAGAAACAACGUCGUCAAGUAAUUCAGAAUAGAUACUGCAAUAUCCUCAUUGUUAUUUAAAUAGUCAUUUACCAUGUUCACUUGUUUAACCAUUUUCUCCAUUGUUUUUAUAAAAUCCACUUCCUGUACAUUAGUAGGGAUACAUUGUUAUAAUUGUAGAUAAAAGCAUUACGCAGCUAUUCAUUGUAAAAACAAAUGCAUGAAGUAAGCAGCUUCAGACAGCCUUUUGUGUGUUUUUUUAUAUUGAGUUUUUUUGUUUCCAUAAACGGGUUGACCUUUCUGAAAAGUUUGAUUAUUUACUUUUGCACAUUCUGAUUUCUUUAUGAACGUUUACUCAUAGUAAAUUUCUGAAAUAUUUGUUUGAUUACAAGUCCAACUUUUGACAUAUCCUUUGCUAUUUAGGGAUGUCUUGUAAAGAAACUUUUGACUGUUCAUUGUCCAUUAAAAUUAGUUACUGUGGAUUCAUUUAUUUUCGUGGAUACCAAUUUUCGUUGUUUGAGAAGAACUUACAUUUUCGUGGAUAUUUGAUUUCGUGGUUUUGCCAAGGUCUGCAUACAUUCUAAUAGAAAGUUUGUAGUUCCUUUUACAUUGGAAUUCCUGGUUUCCGGGUAACCACGAAAUCCACAUUAAUUGGUAUCCAACGAAUAAUAAUGAAUCCACAGUAUUCUAUUUAGAAAGUAAACAGAUUUAAAGUUCGUGGAAAUCUCUUUAAUGCAACAAUUCUAUGUUUAACUUGUUCUCAUUGGGUAGAAAAACAGAUAUCAAAAGCCAGUAAAUUAUGCAUUUUUUUGCAUUUAAAUUGUCUCCCCUUAUUGCUUAACAAAGGUGCCAAUAGUCGAUCCUAGUCUGGAAGAUAUUUUAACCAUGUUUAACUACAUAUAUUGGUUAUUAAAAGCAUUCUUCAAAAUUAUGAAAAUUAUAUUCCUAUUUAUAUUACUAUACAUUUGUACUAAGAUGAAGUCAUGAAGUAACAGUUGAAAUUUGACUGAAUAAUUUAUUUAUUUGAAAUUUGUGCUGCCACUUUCUUUUAUCCCAUUUCACAAAAGUUUGUAUGACUUACAAUUAGUUGUGUCUUGUAAAGUUGAUGAAAGAUUAACACUAGUUGUAGGUUGUUAGAAUCAUUGUGAAUGGGAGCAUUUCUUCUAUAAGUGUGAAGGUGCUUAUUUCUUACAAAUUAUUUGUAACUUAUUGUACUGUUAGUGCAUGCUGUUUUCAACACAGGCAGCAACUUUGUUGAUUAUGUUUGUUUAUUGGUGUCUCAUUGUUGUAUAUUUUUCUAAAAUUACAAAACAGAUAAAUUUGUGUACAUAAAUGUCACCAGAGUCACCAUAAAAUGUAAAAAUAUUUUUGUUCAUUAAGAUUUUCUAAUUUUCUAAUUAGUCUUUUACAAAUCCAGUUAUAUUUUUAUGAAAAGGGAAAUAACUCAGAAAUUUAUUACUUUCAUUAUAACUUACCGAUAAGUUCAAAUGGGAAACAAACUGCUAUUAAGAUAGGAUAAGUAUUUUGAAAUUUCAACUGAAACCAUAUUUUAUAUACUUUUCUUGAUUACUCCUUCAGUUUAUUAAGUUCUAUUAUUAUUACAUGUCUAUUAAUGAAGAUAACUUUAAAUAUUGGUGCUAAAUCUUGCCAUUACAUGUCUCAUUUACUAUCUAUGACAAAUAUUCCUUGCCAAGACACCUCACUUUAAAAUACAACCAUCUAUUUCAAUCUCAAUUUUUUUUUAUAGGUUUAUCUUUUUUAAGGUUAUUUUCUAGGAUGACGGUUUAUGUUUAUGCUACCUUACAUUUUACAAAAUAAAAAUAAAAUAAACUAAUAUUUGAAAAUUCCUAAUUUUCUUCAUUAUAAAUAUCAAAGAAAAGAUUGUUCAUACUUAUAUUUCAUUUGAAAUAUUUAAUUAAGAAAAAAAACACUUAAAAAGCUUUUUCAUGCCUUUGAACGUGUAAAAUGGGUAAUAAUUAGACAAUAACUGUUUAGUGUCUUUAAAUAUCAGCUGUAUUUGUACGAGGCUAGGAAACGGUGUAUGCGAGCUUUUAGCGAGCUAUUACACCUGUUUCGAGCCGAGUACAAAUACAGCUGAUAUUUAAAGACACUAAACAGUUAUUGUCUUUAUCCUGCAAUUAAUUCUGUAUAUUGUUUGUGUUUUGAAAGACACAAAAACUAACGUAUUUAGCAUUAUUUUCGAUUUGAAAUCCCUUGAGGCCUGCAUAGUAAUAUCAAAAUCACACAUUACGUUGAAGACGGAUUCGCAAAAAAAGAAUCUCGAAUGGUCAACAAUAAUACAUCGCUCAAGGUGAAUAAUUAUUUAUUUUCACAUAGCAACUAACUCCAACAGUAAAAACAAAUAACAAAACAUUGUUAAAUUUGAAACAGAAGUGUACGAGUUGUCCUAUGCUUCAGACUUAACAUUCAAUAAACAUGCAUGCUGAAAAUGACAUGGUUGAUUUUGUAACACAAUCAUACACAUUCAAGUUUUGAAAUCGACAAUUGUCAUCGCCAUUGGAAUGCAAAUGGAAUACACAUUUAGGUCACACAGGUUCAAACAAUACUCAGGCCGGCAGUGGGCGAAGCUUUAAAUCGAUAUCUGUAUAGUAUACAGAUACAGCAUAGCGAUAUCUGUAGGGCUGUAUCUGUAUAGUAGGACACCCAAUUGCAGGAUAAAAGAGAUUAAGUUUAGAUUGUAUGGCUUUUUUCACUGCAAAAGAAGUUAAAAACCAUUUUAAAGUUUUUUAAACAUAAAAAAACAAAAUAAGGUUUACAUAUUAAAAAUUUUCAACUUCAGACUAAGACUUAUAAUUUUUUUUUUUUAAACAAGAAUCUCCUAAGAGUUAAUAAGAUUAGUGUUUAUUGUUUAUUGCUUAUUGUAAUGACAUGUCUUUGUGGUUUUAAUGUGCUGAAAAAUCAUUCCGUUUAUUAAUGUUUAUUGAAUAUUUUGUUAAGUUUUAUUGUUAUGCUAAAUCUGUAUGUUUUUUAUUGAUAAUUUCACUUAUAUCGAUAGAUCAUGAGGUUCCUAUUGAUUUCAACUGAUUCACUUUAUAAGUAAAUAUAAGAGGUUCAAAAUUAUAUCAGGCCUAAUCUAGAGGGACAAAUGGGUAAAAACUUCUUCUAUGUGCUCAUGUCUUCCAUUUAGCAUUGACAAGGAGAAGAAGGUUUUUUUUUAUUAAAGAUUAUCCUGGAAAAAACUAUGAGAAUAAUGGGGAUUCAUUAUUAUUAAUUGGAUACCAAUUUUCGUGGGUUUUGUGGGUACAGGUGAACCACCAAUUCAAGUAUUAAACAACUAACAAAUUUUCAAUAGGCUUUCUAUGCAAAGUUUGGCAAAAUAAUGAAAUCAAAUAUGCUUGAAAAUAUACGUGUUCCUCAACAUUGAUACCCAUGAAAAUAAAUAUCUACUUUAGGGUAUUUUUUAAACAGAAUAAACCAAUACUUCUCCCUUCAUAGAUAUCUGCACAACCCAUGUAUAUUAGCUUUUGUGCAGGGGGUUUCUAAGUGUAUGGUGCUGUAUAUCUGGUAGUGCAUUUAAAAUGUAAUGUUAAUCUGAGCACCUGAUUUACAGAACAUUAUUGUGUUAUCUUGUGUUUGCUGACAGUAAGUUACAAGUUACACAUUUAAUUUAGUAUAAUAAUAAUAAGUUUGUUUGCUACUCACCACAAGUGAUAUACUUAGACUUACUGGGUACUCACUUAAAUAACUCUUACUUAUUUCACCACCAGGAAAUUGUGCCUGAAUUCAGAAAGAUAUUAGGGAAAAGAUAACUUUUUUUGUUUUUCUUACAUAAUGAGUGAAUAUUUUGAAACCAAUUAUACUGAUAGUGGAUGUUUUCUUCUAAAACUGUUUGUGAAAAGUACAGAAAUCCAUUUUACAAAGUACUUUUACAAAAUUCUUUAGUUAAACAUGUUCAAUUCAAUAUUUUUGUAAAAAUUAUGUAAGUAUUUAAAAAUGAUCUAGCAGCACACCAUAUAUAUCUAACCAUUCUCAUUGUAGUGGUUUCCAUUGAGGUUAUGUGUAUUGUGAAGAACAAAGUUAUGUGUGUGUGCUAUAUAAGGGGUGUUUUGCUUUAUGCAAUGUGAAUGACACUCUAAUGGAAAAAAAUGCAUGAUGCUGGUGUGAAGAAAUAGUUUUUUUCUUCACUUUCUAGAUCUAUAAAGUUUUGACCUUUUCAUAUAUUGUUCAGAUAUAAUGUUGAUUUUUUUUCAUAAGAUCUGAUAUGUGCCUUGAUCUGAAAUCAAUUUUAUAAAGAUUUUUUGUUCUAAUAUUGGUAUCACAUCAUGAAUUUUACUAUAUUGAGUGUGCAUAAAUAAAUACUUUGAAAUGUAUUAAUAUAUUACUCUGAAAUUAGAUACAUAGACAUACUGCCUCUUUACAAGUAGCAUUUCUUAGUUUUCACUUACUAAAGUGCUGAAAACAGCAUUUAUUAACAACAGGGCAUUUGUACAUUACUUAAGUCAAUCUUAUUCUGUAAUUUGUGUAAUUGAAAUUAAAGGAACUUUCUAAAUAGAUAAGUGAAGAUUAAAUCCAUCCAUAUUAUACUUAUGUAUAGUAGAUACCUAGAACUUACAGUUAAGCAAGUUUCUUAUAUAUUUAUAUAAUUUUUUCUUGUAUAUUUUGUAUAUUUCUACAAAUGUUGUGUAUUUUGUGAAUGUGAUUCUAUAUUAAAUUGUAAAAUUAUUAAAGUUAAAAAAAAUA